AUGUCGAAGAGAAUAAUGUGUGAAGUAUUCUGUACUGCUGAAGAUAUGGGAAUGGACAUCUUUUAUAGCGAUACGGACAGUAUGCAUCUCUACAAUGAAGAUAUCCCUCGUUUAGCUGAAGAGUUUGAGAAACGUUAUGGAAGAGUUCUCAUUGGUAAAAACCUUGGUCAAUUUCAUAGCGACUUUGCAGAAAUCACAAAAGAUAAACAAAGUUUAGCAUACAAGUCAAUAUUUUGUGGAAAGAAGACUUACAUAGACUUACUCACGAAUGAUUUAAAUGAAGUUGCAUUUCACUGCAGAAUGAAAGGCGUGAAGCAAGAUGUUAUUGCUUUAACCGCUAAUGAAAUGUUUCCUGACUCUGUUCAGUGUUUCUAUGAUGAAGAUAAAGGUUUAAUGGUUCCGCAAGGAACAUAUGACAAAGACUCUGAGUUCAGUUUAAUGAAACUUUACAAAGCACUUUAUGACGGUCAAGAGAUUGGAUUUGACUUAUGUAAGUCAUGUCAACCUUGCUUUGAAGAGAAGUUUAACUUCUCAAUAACGACUAAAACAAGCUUUAUUCGUAAGUUGAAGUUCUGA